GGCGGAGGAGAGCGGGCGGCGGGGGCACCUUCCCCCGGGCAGAGCCCGGCCGAGGGAGGCGGUGGCGGGAGGAGGCGCUGCCGGGGCCCGGCGGGAUCGCGGAGGGCUCGCUGAUGGUCUGCCGGGCAGGUAGGGGCUGUCGGCGGCCGGCAGGUCGGGUGUUCCCCCCCCCCCCCCCCUUCGCACCGUGAGUGAUCGCGUUGUGUUUUCUGGUGCGCAGGAUUAAACCCCGAGCGCAGAAAUGAGGAAGGUUUUGUGCGUGGAGCCCGUCAUUUUCAUCUACAUAUUUGUGUCUUCCUUGACAAGCCCGCUGGUGCAGCAGUUCAUCUACCGGCGGCUGUGGGAGGAAGAGUACAACUCCACUUUCGUAAGCGAUAGCAAUGCCACUUACUGUGAACAGAAUAAAAGUAGCCCGGCUUAUAUAAAGCAGAAGGCGGUUCAAGAAAAAGCCUCUGUUUUUAAUAUGCAGUUGGACUUAACUGGGGCAGUUCCCAGCCUUAUAGUUGCUUUUGUCAUUGUAGCUAAUGGGGAUCGCCAGGGACGCAAAAGGUCUUUAGUUUUACCAUCAGUGGGAGCUUUGAUUGCUAAGAUUUGCCUCACUGUGAUAUCACAUUUUUCCUUAUCACUCUCUAUCCUAUUUGUGGUUGCAUUUGUUACUGGACUGUUCGGGGGUAUGGCCACUCUCCUUGGAGGAGGCUUUGCUUUUAUAGCAGAUGUGUGUCAUGAUGAGAAGCAGAAAACAACACGAAUAGCUGUGGUGGAUUUGAUUUUUGGGGUUGUAUCUGGAUUGGCAGGAUUGUCAUCUGGCUACUUCCUAAGAGGAAUAGGCUUUACAUGGACAUUUGUGAUAGCAUCUCUGCUUCAUGUUGUUAAUAUUAUCUAUAUUAUCUUUUUUCUGGAAGAUACAGUAGGCACAUCUGAAUUCCAACAUGAGGCAUCAGUAUCAUGCAGAGAACUCCUUAGAGAGACAUUUUCUGGAGUGUACAUGCUUUUUAAAACUGCCCCUCGUAAAAAGAGAAUUUUAAUAAUUGUGUUACUUUUUACAUUUAUGACUUACUUGUUUACUAUGAUUGGUGGGAGUUCACUUUUUACACUGUAUGAACUGGAUGAGCCACUCUGCUGGAAUGAAGUGUACAUUGGAUAUGGAGCAGCUGUGUUCACUUCUGUCUCUCUGACCAGUUUUUUAGGAGUUUACCUAUUUUCUAAAUGUCUCAGAGACAUUUAUAUUGUUUUUAUCGGGAUAUUUUCUUACAUUGGAGGAAUGGUCAUGGCUGCCUUUGCCAAAACUACCCUGCUCAUGUUUUUAGUAAGAGUGCCAUCUUUGCUCUGCUUUAUGCCUAUUCCUGUUCUCCGAUCCAUGCUGUCAAAAGUGGUUCUCACUGGUGAACAGGGUGCUGUGUUUGCUUGUAUUGCCUGUUUAGAAGUCGUGACCGGCAGUAUUUCACUUUCCGUUUUUAAUACUCUCUAUGCAGCCACUGUUGCAUGGUUUUCAGGCUUUAGCUUCCUCCUGUCAGCAGGCCUUUGUCUAAUUCCACUGGCUGUCCUAUGCUGGCUUUUGUGCACAAGCUGGAACGGGGAGGACUUGGCUCUGCUUGUACCUGAAGAAGUAUCCAGCAUAGAGAGCACUGAUAGUUGAACAAAGGAUUCACCUACCUGGGUUUUCUAACCUGACAUGCAGUGGCAGAGACCAUCACGUCAUACAGAGACCAUAGAGAUAACACAACAGUUGCAGAUGCAAUCUCAAAGUGACCCUGCAGCAAUAAGCACUAAAUUAGUAGCACUUUAGAUCCAGUCUCUUUUUAGCACUUGAAUAAAGCUAACUCUUAUACUUAACUACGCAGAUAGGCUGGCAAUGGAGAUUUUAAUGCUGCUUUCAGCAUGAAGAAAAAAAUAAGGUAGGAUGAUGCUCUUUUCCCACUUACCCUUUCUCAGGUUUGAGGAUGUCAGCUGUGGAUGGUGAUACAUCUUGUAUUAUUCUAAGUGGAGUGACAGAGAUAAGCUUAUCAACUCAGAGGGUGCUGGCAAUUCUGCUGAAGCCAGUGGCACUCAUGCCAGCUGAGGAUGUGGUUCACUGUGUACAUCUUAAAAGGCCCGUCUUAAUGGUAAAGGCCCCAAACCUGUCUAAAAUUACUGAAAUAAAAGGUAGUUUUUUUCAGAAAGUGGCCAAACUGGAGGCAGUACUUGCACCUGCUGUAAGUAGACUUACUGCUCUGAAGUUAGCAGAGUGUGCAAGUUUAAUGUAUGAUGUGUGGACCUUGCCUGUGACUUAGUUCUUAAAAUGGAUUUUCACACAGAAGUCAGAAAACUUCCAGCUUGCAGAGUGUGAAGCUAGGCCUAUGCCUACAUUUUGCAGAGGCCAUAUUGCACAUUUAUUUUUAUCAUUUUCCGUAUAUUUGGGACUGCAUGCAGACACCUCUAUUUUUUGUCCCAUAGCUAUUUCUUGUUUUCUAGUUAAGUUGGCUGUUCUUAUCUUAAAUGUUUCUUCCAUUGAAAGGCUGUAAUAGCAUUUCUUUUCAGUGGAUCUUUGAUUAUUUUUUUAACAACCCUGAAAUGAGGUGACCAAAUCUGAAUCAUGCAUCUAAUCAUCUUGCACUGAAUGCAGCAUAAUUUAUGAGCACUUGAACAUCAUUUCUCAUCUUCAAAGCACUUUACGAAUGUUAUUAAGAACCUCCUUUCAUAAUAGAUAUUAUCCUCCCUGUUCUAGAGAGAGAGAGGCAAACAGAGAGGACAAGUGACUUGCCCAGGGCCACAGUGCAAACUGCUGAGACUGCCAGACCUAGGAAUCAGUUUCUGCACUGACUCUUCAGCUUCUUGCUUGAGAUCUUUAAGCAGAAAAUAUCCAGAGAAUUAGCUGCUGGAAUGCACAGGGCAGCAAAAGUGUAAAUAUAACACCCUGUUAAGGACCACUCCCACAUUGCUUUUUUCAGAGAGAGUUUGGCAGCCAACGCUGUUGUGAUCCCUUGAAGUACAGGUAGGUUGUACGUGACUCUCUUCCCCCAAAACUGAUUAGGUAGAGAAAUUAAAUAAUGUAAAGCGGUUGGCAUUUACAGAAGGAAAAUUCGAGGAAAGCAACUAAGAUGUAGGAACUGACUUCACAUGCAUACAGCAUAGGAUAAAAAUUAAGAUGGACAUUGUACAUGCUGUAUGAUCAGUGAUUUGCUGACAGCCUUUAAUAUCCACCAUAGGAACAGAAUACUUCUGCAGAACUUCUCAGUGGUACUCCACCAAAAAGUGUUGGUACCGCAUCAUGAUGAUACAAUACCAGCAGCCUGGUCUAGUGGAAGGUGUCCCUGCCCGGGGCGGGGGGGUUGGAGCUGGAUGAUCUUUGAAGUCCCUUCCAACCCGAACCGUUCUGUGAUUCUGUUUGGGUCUGUGAUCCUUCUUGUUUGAACAACGCCAUUGUUUUCAAGCUAUGCAUUGUGAUCACUGAGAAGUUUGGAAAAGGGUUCAAAUAAGGUAAAAAGAGAGCUUAUGCUAUCCAGAAGACCACUACCAACCCAUCACUGGUGCAAAUAGUGGGGUUUAUCCAGCACAGGGGAAAUGAACAUUUACACAGCCAACAGCUAUAGCCAGCUCUUGCACUUGUCCUGACCUACCAAGGCUGAUGUCAGCAAUUAAAGAUCGUUAGCUUUUCCUAGCUAGUUUAGACACCAGCCAGUAAAUAAAACUGCUUAACUCUCCUCCCUUGAGGUGCACAAGCUGCUGCCAGCUUGUUGAAGUAAGCUGAAUUUUCCAAUAAUCAGUGGGUCCAAAACAUAAUGCGUGCUUUUAGAGAGAUUAAGAAAACACUGAUGCAAAGGAUUUCAGCACAAAGAUUACAUUGUCUUCCUUGCCUCUUCAUUAUGCACUUCUGUAAGGCUUUAUGAAGUUCACUGUUUCAUACAAAACCGCCUGGAAAAAGUAAAGCAAAUUAAGAAGGGCUGUGUGCCUUCAGUGCACACCUCUGCCAGCCCUCGGGAGCAACAGUUCCACAGAGGCCCUGUGUCAGGCCAAAGGAGAACAAGCACGUACACUUCAGGAAUGGCUUUGUUAUGGUUUGAUUUUGCUCUACAAAGUACUUGGUGUUUGCAGAGUAUUUCGGGUAGACACAGCAUUGAGAACUGGUUGUAAAUUGAGGUCAAAACAUGAGGGAUAUGAACUGUGUUUUUGAAGUGCCUAGCACAGUACAAGCUGAGGAAAGCAGGUACUAAUGUGCUUCCGAUUAAGUCAAAAUCUUCCUAGUUUAUAAUAGUUGCUCUAUUUGUAUGUAAGUGCAAAUCAUUAACAGAAAUUAAUAAUGAAGUUUGGUUUUUUAGACUCCAUGUUGUAUGUGUAGUUCUUGCUUUGUUUUUUGACAAACACUGGUGGAAGAAUGUUUACAUAAACAUAAGCAGCAGCACUGU